AUGUCGCUGUCGGCUGAUUAUCCUGGGAAACGGCACCCAGAAGCAGAAAUAUAUGUGAAGAGAGGCAUCAAAAACGAAAAACUCCGGAUGGAUCUCACGUCCCGCCUGUUUGAUAUAUUUCGUAGGCAGUGCUUUAAGGAUGAAUUACCCGAGUUUCUACCCGUGAAGUGGAACAACCGCUUAUGCAAAACUGCAGGGAUGUGCCGCAAUAUGUCAGAUCGCACUAGCUGGAUCGAGCUCUCACCAAAAGUAUGCAGCACUCCUGAUCGUGUCCGUGACACAAUUAUUCAUGAAUUAUGUCACGCAGCUGUGUGGGUAGUGGAUGGUCGACGGAAAGAAGGACAUGGUCCACUCUGGAAGAAAUGGGCUUCUCAAUGUAUGCAACGAUUCCCUUCGCUACCCGUAAUUGGACGAUGCCACGAUUACGAAAUCGAUGCCAAAUUUAUCUACGAGUGUGGUGGCUGCGGACAAAAAGUGAGACGCCACACUAAAUCGCUGGACAUUGAUCGGAAGAUAUGUGGAAUCUGCAAGUGUCGGUUCACACUUCAAGUGCGUACACGUACAAAGAAGGCAACGGGUGCAGGUGAUGCGUCAGAACUGAAUCCGUUCGCCAAGUUUGUCAAGGAGAACUAUGGGAAACACAAAGGUCCAGGUGUUAAACAUGGCGAGGUUAUGCGCAUCUUGGCACAACUUUAUAAAGAGAAGAGCACAACAACCGACAGCGUCAAGGAUAUCGACUCCCAAGAGCCUCUUGAUAUGAGCGUCACGGAGUGUCCAGAACCUCUUGACAUGAGCGUUCUUUCAAUACAUGAUUAA